UCCUCGCUUUUGUUGUAGUUGGUGGGCGGACGGUGCGUUCACAGCUUUGGUGUGUCGUAUUCCAUUUUCAGACAUCCAGGUCGAAUUUUGUGAAUUUGGACUGGUGUGAUUUGGGAGAUCAAUUGGUCAGGAGCUUUUGGUAUGGGUCAGCUCCAAGCGAAGGAGCUGCAAGUGCAAGGCAUCAUAGAUCGGGUCUUUGACCACUUCACGGCACACAAUGGCAACGAUUUCAUCUCCUUCCAGGAGCUCUACACCGCCAUUCUGCUCGUGUACAACGAUAUAAACAAGCAUUUUCCGGGUCCCCAUUACGACCCGCCAGCCAGGGAAGAGGUGCAAGAGAUGCUCGAUCUAUACGACACGAAUCGAAACGGCGUUCUGGACCGCAAGGAGUUCAUGGGCUUUGUGGAGAAGUUCACAGGGAACCUGGCGAUGCGUCUAAGUAAGAACAUCCUCAUCUUCUCCAUCGCGGCGCCGUGCCUUGCACUCCUCACAAAGUCGGCCACCGAGCGAGUUCCCGGAGUCGGCCCAGUGGUGAAGAAAAUCCCCAGCGCGCUCUACGCAUCGCUCAUCACCACCGCGGUGGCAGUGGUAAGCAAAGUCAACGACAGCGCGUAGAGAAAAAAGCUCGAGUGCUUCUUCUAUGCAAAGAUAAUAAAUACCAAGAAGAAAGAUCUA